UUAUGAAUGAAGAGUUUAGUUGGCAUCUUGCUAUCGCACAUUGAACUUGAGCAUUACUAUUCCUCUGGCGUUUGAUACAACGAACCAUCGUGUGAAAUUUUUCUCUUGCUGGGUGAAACAGUCUUGAGUGGUUAACAGUGAAUUUUGUUUGAGGAAAAACAAAAUCAUCAUCUUUAAAUUGUGUUGAAAAAGAAGUGUGCAAAAAGCCUAAGAGCUACGUGGAAACCCAAAAGAGAAAGAACGAACAAUGUUGCAGAUCAAAUUAGCACUUGUUCUAAAACUGUCAGUUCAUAUAUCCCUACUGAUUGACUUAAAUAGUUUGCAGCAGACAACACAUACAUGAAUAAAGUGAAGUAACCGUGUUUAGAACAUAAAGCUAUACACAAAUCUUCUUUCUCCAUAGUUUACUCAAUUAUUCUAUGAUUCGCAUCACUUGGUUGUUGGUAGUGUGUUGAUUCCUGUGAAUGAGCCGUUGUCAUCUUGAGUUGGUGUUAAAAGGGUGAAAUGGCUUCAACGAAUGGAAAAACGGUUCUUGUGACAGGCGGCGCCGGUUACAUUGGAUCACAUUGUGUUGUCACAUUACAAGAGGCUGGCUAUGAAGUUAUUGCACUGGAUAACUUUGCUAAUUCGGUGGAUGAUGGUUACGAUGGAUCGCUUGCGCUGAAACGUGUCGAAAAAAUCACCGGCACACCGGUCAAAUUCUACAAAUGCGAUCUACUUGACACCGUACAAUUGGAAAAAAUCUUUGAAAAUCACAAAAUUGAUUCGGUCAUUCAUUUUGCCGCAAUGAAGGCCGUUGGUGAAUCGAUGCAGUAUCCAAUGUUGUACUACAAAAACAACAUAAUUGGCAUGAUCAAUUUGUUGGAAAUCAUGAAAAAGUACAACAUUUACAAUUUGGUAUUUUCGAGCUCGUGCACGGUCUAUGGUGAACCGGAGGAAUUACCGAUUACCGAAGAAAAGCGAAUUGGCCAGAGCAUCACAAAUGUAUAUGGUCGCACCAAAUUUUUCAUUGAAGAAAUUUUGAAAGAUGUCACACAUUCGGAGGAUAAAUGGAAUAUCAUUGCGUUGCGUUAUUUUAAUCCGGUCGGUGCACAUGAGUCCGGUCUCAUCGGCGAAGAUCCAACCAAACAGUUUACAAAUUUAAUGCCGUUCAUUAGUCAAGUGGCAGCGGGCAAAAAAGACUCACUCACCAUUUUUGGCAAUGAUUAUGACACACCAGACGGUACCGGCAUUCGUGAUUACAUUCAUGUCAUGGAUUUGGCCACUGGUCACGUCGCCGCCUUGCACAAACUCGAAAAAUCACACAUUAAAAUUAAGGCCUAUAAUUUGGGUACAGGUCGCGGUGUCUCUGUCUUGAACCUCAUCAACACCUUUGAGAAAACAAAUAACGUAUCAGUUCCGUAUACAUUCGAGGCUCGCCGUGCAGGCGAUAUUUCAACGAUGUAUGCCGAUCCUUCUUUGGCCGAACGUGAGCUUGGAUGGAAGGCGAAUCGUUCGCUUGAACAGAUGUGUUCCGAUUUCUGGCGAUGGCAAAAGAUGAAUCCAGUCGGCUACAAAACGGUGCUCACAAAUGGCCACAGCCACUAAGCGUCACCACUCUUCACUGCAACAUUUUCUUUUUAAAUUCGCAAUGCAUUCGAUUUAUUCACGUGUUUACAUGUUUGUCUUAUGGAAUAAUUGUAAAUUUUGUAGUUUUAACACCUCCAAACCGAUCGAUGUACAAUUCGGUAAUAAAUAUCUGGCGAAUAGCUCCAAGCAUGACACUUCGUCGGCCGACUUAGUAAAGUAUGGUAUAAAUAGAUCUGAAAGAGUAAAUUAUAAAUGCGAUGAUUAAUAAAGUAAGAUAUAGUACAUUUUCAUUUAAA